AUGGAGGAUUUGCGUAAUGCGAAAGAUACGGUCGCUCUCUUCGCAGACCACAUCGAUGAAUUACGAGUAAAAACCGAUCGGCCAAAGAGUGCCGAGCUUCUCCGCACCAUCUCGUCAUCCUCAGUCCAGCGCCAUGGAUCCAACAAUUCGUCAUCGGACGGAUCAUUCCGCAAGGGAAGUUCGUCGAAAUGGAAGAACCGCAGCGUAGGCAAGGAGUGGGCAGGAUCGAAGCCGGGCAGCAUUUGGACGACGAUCAACAGCGAGCUCGAGGAUGUGGCGAAGCAGUUUCCGGGUCUAUCAGUUGCGGCCUUUAACGAAUUCAUUGGCUCCCGCGAGAUUCUAGAGCUAGGGGCCGACUUUGUUCGCAUUUACCACGCGCGCGGGAUCGCAGCCGAGAAGCCGUAUUGGGCGGCCGAGGACCUGUUCUUCGACCUGCAGGCAGUGAAGCAGGGAGACGCACCGGCGUCAAGAUGGACGCAAGCCCGUUCCGAGCGAAGGGCCGAGUGGGAUCUCGCGGACCAUCUCACGCGCUUCGUGCUGAUGGCCGAUAGCUUCCGCAGACGGUCGAUCGAGCGCGAGGAUUGGGGCGUCUGGGCCGGGGAUUUCGUCACAAAUGUCCGCUUCUACCUGCGCGUGCUAAGAUGCUUCAUCAAGAGGGACGCGAAGCAGAGAGAGGAACGUCGGGAUGCGAUACGCAAUCAGAAUCAGAACCAGACUCGGAGCCAAAAGUCGGAGGGUUUGGAGAAAAAGAAUUCCGGCGGCUCUCGUGGUAGCAGGUUCUCUCUCGGUAGCAGAGGAGGAUCAAACAAGAGUUAG